CUCUCUGCCACCGUCGUCCUUGGUUGGUUGCAGGGUGCCACGGCAGGCCGCACGCCACUACGAUGGGGGGGAUGCGGGGAUCAAGCCAUAAGAGGGUGCCGGUGGCGUUGAAACUCCCGCAGCUGCAGAACCUGGUCAAGCGGGACAAGGAAGGGUACAGAGAUGAGUUCCGGCAGCAGCACCGGAACUACCUGUCCGAGCUGGAGAUCUUCAAGCUGAAGCCUUCCAAGGAUAGCGACCGUUUCGCCGAGCUGGUGACGUUCAUGAGCCACGUGGCCCCCUGCUACAAGAAGGAGACGAAGGAAUUCGGGCCUCAGCUCAAGGCGCUGCUUGAACAGCAUGGCCCGGUUCUGCACCCCUCUAUCCGGAUGAAGCUGGUGCAGGCGUUGAUCCUGCUGCGCAACCGCGGCGUGCUGGACCCCACGGAGCUGCUGAGCCUCUUCUUCGGCCUGUUUCACUCUGCUCUUGACAAGAUGUUGCGUGUCAUGCUGUACGACCACAUCGUGAACGACAUUAAGUCUAUCAACGAGAAGGGCAGGAACCCGAAGCUCAACAAGACCAUCCAGAACCUGGUGUUCACGAUGCUCAAGGACGACAGCGAGAUCGCGGCCAAGAAGUCUCUGGACAUCAUGGUUGUUCUCUACCGGAAGAGAGUAUGGGUGGACGCGCGUACGGUGAACGUGAUUGCGACGGCUCUUCUCGCGGACACCCCCAAGCUUGCGUGCACGGCUCUGAACUUCUUCCUCAACAUCGACACCAUGAUGGCUGACGACGACAACGAGGAGGGCAAGGCGGAGACGGCACAAGCAGAGGUGAACACACACACGCACUCAAAGAAGACUGCUAAGCGGGCGCGCAGCGUGCAGAAGCAGGUGAAGACGAACAAGAAGAAGAACAAGGCCGCCCUGUCGGACGAGUCCAACGGCGGCCUCUUCCCAGCGAUUAACCUGCUGCACGACCCGCAGGGCACGGUGGAGAAGGUCUUCCGCCGCCUCCGCCAGUCCAAGCAGCGCUUCGAGGUGAAGCUCCUGAUGAUGAACUUCAUCUCGAGGGUGGUCGGAGCGCACCGCCUGCUCCUGCUGCCUUUCUACAGCCAUCUACAGCGGUACGUGGCCUCACAGCAGCGAGAGGUGACGCACAUCCUCGCCUACCUGGUGCAGGCCUGCCAUGACCUCGUGCCUCCCGACGAGGUGAUGCCGGUGAUCAAGGCCGUGGCAUACAACUUCGUGACCGAGCGGUGUCCGGGGGAGGUGAUGGCGUUGGGCAUCAACUCCAUCCGCGAGGUGACGAGGAGGAUACCCGCCCUACUGGAGGAGGAGGGGAUGGACGUGCUAGUCGUGGACCUGGCGGCGUACAGCAAGCACGCGGACAAGAGCGUGGUGGUAGCCGCGAGAGGCUUCAUCAACUUCGUCCGCGAGACGUACCCGAGCCUGCUCAAGUCCAGGGACCGCGGGAGGGAGCACGACAUCACGGCCAGGCCCGCCAAGUACGGGUCUCGCUCUGUGUCUGAGGGCGUCGACGGGGCUGACCUGCUUACCCUCCAUGAGCAAGGGCUCAUGCCUCUCGAGAAGGACGACGACGACGAAGGAGAUGGGGAUGGGGGCGACGCAGAGGAGGAGGAGGAGGAGGCGCCGCAGUUGGUAUCCAUGCCGGAAGACGGCAUGGAGGUGGAGGGGGUCGAAGAGGAGGAGGGGGUCGAAGAGGAGGAAGAGGAAGAGGAGGAGGAGGAGGAGGGAGAAGAGGAGGAGGAGGAGGGGAGGCCGAGCAAGCGGGCGAGGGUGUCGGACAAGGGCGGCAAGGGCAAGAAGGAGGGGGAGGAAGGGGAAGGCCGGAAGAAGGGCGUCAAGUUCGCGAGCGAGGCCAAGGUGGCGGAUGGACCCGGCCCGAACGGUCCCGUCGACCCGGGACCGACAACGAAGGUACCGUUGCGACAACGCGUGGACAGCACGAGGAUCUUGAGCGCGGAGGAUUUCGAAAAGAUCAAGAAGCUCAAGCACCAGGCUGCCACGGCCGCGAAGCAGAGGACGCACAAGCGCAAGCACAACAUCGGCGGCAGCGACUCGGACGACAGCGACGACGGGGGCGAAGAAGGGCAGAGCUUUUCCGUCGACCCGAGAGCGCUCGAGGGGUACCGGAAGCGUCGGCGAGCCACGCUGGAGGAGAGGCUGGAAGGCGUCAUUCGCGGAAGGGAGAAGUUCCAGGCGAACAGUCACGCAGGAGGGCUGACCAACGCCGAAAAGGAGCGCAAGAAGAACUAUCUCAUGAUCCGCAAGGGAAAGGCCGUCAAGCACAAGACCAGGAUGGGCGAGAAGCAGGUGAUGGCGAAGAAGAACAGAGGAGGAAAGGUUCAGAUGGCGCGCGACAAGCGGAAGAAGAGACGGACGUGAUGUGUGACUGUCAUUCAUCUCCUCCCCGUUCUCGUUUGUGUUGGCGUUGGUCACUUCCUUUUCGCUAGGUGGGGGGGGGUCCUUGGUCCGGGGGGGGCGUUGUUUACAAAGCAAGGCUUUUUUCUCUGUUUCUGCUGCUUCUGGUGUUUCGAGGAAACGCAUUGUCGCGUAGGAAGAAAGGCGGGCGUCGCUUUCUUGUACCAGGUGCGAGGUCGAAUGAAGUAGCGCAGACCACGAUCCUCUUGUGAACAGCCCAAUAUUGGCGACAUGAUUCCUCCCUCGGCGCACUCGGGAAACACCCGGACAGUAUAUUCUAUGGAAGCAAGGUGUAGCAAGGGUGUCAUGUGUCUUAUAAAACGACCAUGGGUAGGUCUCGGGGGUGUGCGUAGUAGUGGGGGGCGUGAACUUCGUUGUGUGGCGCUGGGAGCGUGUGCUGAGAGAAAGGUUGCGUGAUUGUAAAGAGACCUGACGUCCACCUGGACUGUACGCUCUUUCUUCUACUGCCUGUCCAUGUGAUACCUACGAUAAAACACCAUUUGGCGGGGGAGGUGCGUGCGUGCGUGCUUCGAUGCUUAGCCCUCCACACGCCGGGAGACCAUGCCGAUCUUCUUGGGGGGUAAGCAGUAAAUUGGGGUAUUCUUUUCGCCAGAACACGGCAAACGGCCCACGAAAAGCUCGCUGCGCAUCACGUACGUACAAUGGAG